AUGGAUAAUAACGAAGAGCAUUAUGAAGUAGAAUAUGUCUUUGGUAAGAGAUUAGAUAAAGGAAAUGAGGUUGAUUAUGCAGUCAAAUGGCUUGGAUAUGAUAAAAAACAUCAUACUUGGGAACCCAUUUCUAGUUUCAGUACAGCUUCUUUACUUUUAAUUGGGUAUAUAUGACUUUAUAUAUUUGAUUAGUCGAUUCGAAAGAUAUUUAGCAUAUAAAAAUUAUUACAAAUUGAUAGCAAAAAAAGUAGAAAAAGUCAAAUAACCAAAAAAACCAGAUGAACCAAUAAGAGUGCAUAUUAGAAAUAGAUAUACUCAAGUACUAAUAAAAGAGGCUGAAAUAAUAAACAUUGAAUUAGAUACUGAUGAAAUUGUUUAAAAAAAAGAAACCUUUUAGAUUAAUGAUGAUGAUGAUCCUGAUGUUUAAAUUGUAAGUGUGAGUUUCAAACCUAUUAAAUAAAGUGAAUCUAAGGAUCUAAAUAAAUUUAAAGUGUAGAAGGUAUCACAAACUCUAGAUUUUAAUCGAAUGAUGCAUAUUAGAUAAUAAUAGUUUAAUCCAAUCAAAAUUAACACUUAUAAAAGUAAAUAUAAAUUAGAAAAGGACUAUUUAAAUGAAAUUAUUUUUGAAUAAAGAUAAAAAGAGAAAGAAGUUAAUAUGCUUAAAUUUACAGAAAUAAAUGAUAAAUACGAACCUACUCAACCUAUUAAAUUGAUAUCAGAUUAUUCAUAAACUGAAGGAUUUUAAACAUUGUAAAAUGUCUAUCGCAAUUAAUAAUUUUAACAUAGAGUAUUUAAUUAGAAAGUUCCAUUUGAAUUUAUCCUUUCUCAUCAUCAAAUUAAAAAUGAAUUAUGGUUCAAAUGUCAAAGUGAUGAAUAAGAAAUCUUAUUUGCAGAUCUUCAAACACUACAACAAAAUUAUUCAACAUUGCUAUUAGAUUAUUUGGCUGCAUUUAGUGUGAUGAUUCAAUGA